UUAUCCACCUUUGCCAUCUAUUAGAAAUUCCUAAUUUCCUUAUUGCCAUGUCAAAUCUUCUUAAUUCCCCUCCAAAACAGCGAAGAAAUUGAAAAAGUUCAGUGGUAAUCUUGUAAUAAACAAGAGAAACCAAGGGUAUUAAGGAAAAUUCGAGAAUAGGAAUUUAAAAAUGGUGGAGAUCUAAUUUUGCCAUCUAGAAAUUCCCUAAUUGCCCGAAAUCAGCGAAGACCCGGCGGAGAAGAAGAAAAAUAGUCAGAAAUUAAAGAGUUUAACAGAGAGAGAAAGUGAAAGAGAGAGAUCGACACAGUUGUCGAAGACUUUUUAGAGAGAGAAAGACAGUGCUCGUGUGUGUGUGUGUGUGUGAGAGAGAGAGAGAGUGUGUGUGUGGUGGCAGUAAUGGCGGAGUCGCAGGAGGAACGGAAGCAGGAGAGCGAGGAGAGCGUGAAGUUGUUCGUAGGUCAAGUACCGAAGCACAUGACAGAAGCACAACUCCUCGCAAUGUUUGAAGAGUUUGCUAUCGUUGACGAAGUCAACAUCAUCAAAGACAAGACGACGCGUGCUUCUCGAGGUUGUUGUUUCGUGAUCUGUCCGUCGAGAGAAGAAGCGGAUAAGGCUGUCAAUGCAUGUCACAAUAAGAAGACGCUUCCAGGAGCUUCUAGUCCGUUGCAAGUGAAGUAUGCUGAUGGCGAGUUGGAAAGACUAGAGCACAAGCUUUUUGUUGGUAUGCUUCCAAAGAAUGUUUCUGAUCCUGAAGUAUCUGCCUUGUUCUCUCAAUAUGGAGUCAUUAAAGAUUUGCAGAUUCUCAGAGGUUCUCAGCAAACUAGUAAAGGAUGUGCUUUUCUGAAGUACGAGAAAAAAGAGCAAGCAGUUGCAGCAAUAGAGGCUCUCAAUGGAAAGCAUAAAAUGGAGGGUUCCACUGUCCCUUUGGUAGUCAAAUGGGCAGAUACAGAAAAGGAAAGGCAAGCCAGGAGGGCUCAGAAAGCUCUAUCUCAGGCUUCUAAUGCUUCCGACUCUAGACAACAUCCCUCUUUGUUUGGAGCUUUACCAAUGGGUUACAUGCCACCAUACAAUGGCUACGGUUAUCAGACUCCUGGGGCGUAUGGGCUCAUGCAGUAUCGCCUACCAUCAGUGCAGAAUCAGCCAGCGUUUCAGAAUAUAGUUCCACCAAUAAACCAAGCAAGUGCUCUACGUGGAGGUGCACCUGAUCUUUCUCCUGGUAUUAGCCCAAGAAAUUAUGCCAUGUCACCUGGAAGUUAUGUUGGAUCCCCUUACCCAGCUGUUCCAAGGCUUCAGUAUCCCAUGCCAUAUGCUGGAGGCGUUAUGAAUACCAGACCAAGUGGUUCUCCCGGCUCGAUGCCCCCUAGUACUGCAAACAGUCAUUCUGCAGCAUCUUCAAGUGUCAAUUCAAGUACAGGGGGUCAAGUUGAAGGUCCACCUGGUGCUAAUCUAUUUAUUUAUCAUAUUCCUCAAGAAUUUGGUGAUCAAGAUCUUGCAAAUUCGUUUCAGCCGUUUGGUAGGGUCUUGAGUGCCAAGGUUUUUGUUGACAAAGCUACUGGUGUUAGCAAAUGUUUUGGAUUUGUAAGUUAUGACUCUCCAGCAGCCGCACAAACUGCAAUCAAUAUGAUGAAUGGUUGCCAAUUAGGUAGUAAGAAGUUGAAGGUUCAGCUUAAAAGGGACAACAAACAGAAUAAACAUUAUUGAUAUCAAAGGUGAGGUACAGAAAAAUCCUUCGCAUGAAAUCAUCACACGCAAGCUACUUGGGAGUUACUGUAUUGGCAGCCAUUGCCGGGCAGAUUUGAACGGUUGAGCAGCAACAUGGCAACUCAAUGCAAGUUGUAGUUCCCUUAUGGGUUAAAGUCCCACACUUGUAAUUCUUGAUUAAUUCUUCUGCCACUGUAAUUUGUAAUUUGUGUAACAUGGAGUAACAUUUAGAUAUUGAUUAUUUUAUUGAUUCUUCUCAAUCGACAUUAUUGUGUCAUUAAGUGAUUGAAUGGUUCUUUUUUUUUUCU